AUGGUACCACUACCUCUUUUCAAGCUCGCCGCGCUCUUCGUGCGGCAUGUGUCCAAGUAUGGCGCCAACCGAAUAAAAGCGCAAGCCCACGAGCACCCCAAGUUCCGCGCCUUCGCCGCCCGCUAUGGACAGUCCAUCCACCAGCUCAACAUGCGUCUUAACGUCGCCCUCCUCCGGAAUCCGGACGCCGAGCAGCGCGCGAGGGAAAAGACAGAGGCCCCGACGGUCAAGACAAAAGAGCAGGUCGAAAAGGAGGAGGCGGCCAAGGCGCGGCAAGCGAACUCUGACGCCGCGAAACGGAAACCGCUCGUGCCCACGGCGUCGUCGGAGUCUUCGUCGCCCAGCUCGUCGAGCUCGUCCUCGAUUUCAGAAAGCGGUAGCACCGCCAGCAGCUCCAGCACCACUGGUAGCUCAACGAAAGAAAAGCCCAAGAGCGUCUGGCGCCGCAAGUUCCGCCCCCUCCCCGAGAACAAGGCCGUCGACCUCUUCGCCGACGUCAUCGGGGACGCCUUCAUCCUCGGUGUUGCGAGUGCCAUCAUCGUCUACGAAUAUUGGAAGGCGUCGCAGAAACCCGACCAGAAUGCCGAGCGCAUCCGCGUCCUCGACGAGAAGCUCGAGGAGCUGACGCGCCGCGAGCGUGAGCUCGCCCAGCGCGAAGACGAGCGCUCUCAGCGGUACCUUGCCAUGGAGGCCGCGCUGCGCGACCUGAGGGACCCCAAGACCAAGAAGCCGCUGCUGUCGGACCUGCAGCUGCCGACGCAGUCGCAGUCUCCAGCGUCCACGGCGGCAUAA